GACGUGGCGUUUCCUUAGCCUCACAGCUCUGAAUAGGCGAACAGAUUCAUGGAACAGUGGCUGCGGGAUGUCUGUUCCGGCAGUCUCCUCUCUCUCCCCCUCCCUCCCUCUCUCUGUUUCAAGCCUCUCAACACAAACACAGAAUCUAACGUCUUUUUGCAUCAUCUCUCUCUCUUGCCGUUAACCUUUUUCUUCUUUUUCCCUUGGUGCUUAAGAUAGAACGACCCAACAGUGUCGCUCAGAGUGAGAUCCCAGGUAUAAUUCUUUUUACCCUAGCUUGAGGAAGAGAGGGCACAGAAGAUCAUCCUUGUAGAAGCACACCGGUGCCGAGAUCUGCCUCCUACUUGGGAUCUCAAAUUGCUUCAAGUGGGAGAUGCAGGAAACCUUUUGCAACUCUACUGCAACUCAUGCUAUCUUAUGAAAUCAUAAUUCACCACAAGCGUCAUAUUGUGGUGCUUGUUGCCUCCUCAUUAACAGUGUUAAAUACCCUGUGGUCAGAAUUUUAAUUUCAAUCCCAACAGAAGACAAAUCUUAAAUGUAAUUAUACUUCAGGAUCCCCUGGUGGAGUGUUUAUAAUUAUACAAGGAUGAGUUCGGAAAAUGAGAAGAUAGAACAAAAGGAAGAUUUGGAGCUUGGCACAAAUGAUCCUAGCCAUUGCAUUUGGAAUUCAGGUGCAGGUGCAAAUGCAUCUUCCAGAUUAGACAUGAAAUUUGUUGCCUCUGAUGCUCUAUCUGAACUAGUUUGGUCUCCAGAUAAAGGACUGAGCCUGAAAUGUGCUGAUUCUAGCUUUGCUGACAAGCAUACCUCCCUAUUUUGGGAUGUUGGACCCAGCCAUAUGGUACUUGCUCCUCCACAAAGUGCCAUUGGUGAGAGCUCUGAUGCUGAUAAACCUGUUGCUGCCACAUGCAUAAAGACUUGUAUCAAUGAUAUAGAUAUGAACACCACAACUGGUCAUCCCACAAGUGAUUCAGGUGUCAAGCCUGAGUACAAAGGUUAUGAAGAACGUGAUACCGGAUUUAGUGGUAAUAUGGAGAGAACAAACUCUGCAGAUGGAGUAUUAAAACUACCUGAUGAUCAGAGGGAGAACGUAAUGACUGGUUGGGAAAAUAAGAUUUGCCAUGAAGACAACACUGGAACUGCUCAAAUAUCUCAAGUGAAGGGAAAGAAAUCUUCCACAAUAUCAGGCGAGGUUGACAAAAGGUCAUUUGAUAUAGUAUUAGCUCAAGCAGAUGAACUAAAAUCAAGCACAGAUAAGGAUCCACUGCCGAGGGAUCAUGCUAAUGGGGGCAGAGGCGUAGGUAUCAGCAACCAAGAAAUUAAAGGAAAUAAUAAUUUGUGCGCCAAAGAUGAGCUGGUGACUGAAUAUAAGGGUAUUGAUGCUCCAGGAACCAAUUUAACUUCUUCUAGCAGAGGUUCUUUAGAAAAACUGGAAUCAACUGCUGAAAAUGAUUUACGAACUUCCAAAUGUGAUGCUGCUUGUGGUGCAAGUGGAGCUCUUGUUUCAAAUUCUAGAGAAAUUGAAAAUAAAUCUCAGGAUGAUGAGAUGAUGCUUCUAUGUGAUAAGAAUCUUCCAACUAUGCAUUCUCCGAGUAAUAGAAGAAUUCAAAUAAUGAGUGACAAAGGCAAGGAAAAGGCCCUUUCUGAUGGCGAUGUAAGAUUAUCAAAGGAGGAUGAGGAGGAUGACAGCCAUGAAAGUGUUGAAAGCAGUGCUGGGGUUUUUUCAACAGGCAAGAGGAGAUGGAACUUCCAGCAUAAAUUGAUGGUUGAGAGCAAAAGAUUCAAAAAGCAAGUCCAAGAAUCUUCUGGUCCGAAAUGCUUUGUUAGACAAGACAGUUCCUUCAUGAGCUGGAUAUCAAACAUGAUGAAAGGAUUUUCACACACAGUUCAAGAUGGGGCAAAUCCUUCGCCUCUCACACUUGAACAUACCAAUCACGGUCACCAAAUUCUUAGUCCAAAAUUCAUCACAGACAAUAAGAACCUUGAUCCAGAGCCCAAAAGUGUUGGCUUUCAAUCUAUUUUUCAGGCCAUAUAUUUGCCCAUGGGAACAAGAAUUGCGAGUGUCAGUCAUCAAGCAAGAGACAGUUCUGAAGAUCUAAGUAACAAAGCACAUGGAAUAGAUGCAACUCCAUUAACGUUUUGUGCAGAGAAUGAUUGUGUUUACAAACAACAUAUUCGAUCAAACGAGUCUGAGCAAUCUGCAUGGAGAUAUGAUGUGGGUCCAUCCACCCAGCCUAAGGUUGAACCAAUAAAUGUUGUUUACAGUCAUGAAAGCAGUAAAAAUGACUCAGUGGAAAAUAAAAAUUGUUCCAACUUGGUACUUGUUAAGGAGAAAGAACGAAUGAUGUCAAACUCAUCUUCUGGAAGACAAAAUACAAAUAAUACUGAGAAUAUUGAUGCCUCUGUACUUUCUAAGAAAAAAGAAGAUAAUAUGUGCCACAGAAGCGAUGCUCUUGGAAGUCUGUGGAUAACUCGGUUUUCUCGAAAAUCAACAGCCCCCUUGAUAAUCUCCAAUAGCUCAAAGACUCCUGAACACAAGUUCAAGAAUGAAGACACUGGAGAUAUGUAUGAAAAGGCUCCAAAUGAUGCUAAGAAUAAUGUAGAUAUUCAUAAUUCAAUUCAUUAUCUCAACCCAGCUUCACCCUCUCCAAAAGUCACAAAUUCAGAGCCAAUAGCUUCCGUGUCUGCAAGGAGAUUGGAUGCCGUCAAAUAUAUCAAACCAUUGUACAGAGCCGGUAGUACCAAUCAUACAAAUAUGACCUGUUUGUUUUGUGGGACAAGAGGUCACCAACUUCAUGAUUGCUUGGAGAUUGCAGAAAGUGAGCUUGAAGCUCUCCUCAAAAAUAUCAAUUCUUAUGGGAAACUGGAAGAACUACCUUCCUUAUGCAUUAGAUGCUUUCAACCCAAUCACUGGGCAAUAUCAUGUCCCGCAUCAAUUCAAAUUGGGCAACAUGAUUUGAAAGUCAAUGCUUUGGUCAAUGAUUGGGGUUCAAAUGAAACUAAUUUUAAUGCAGGCAAAGAAAAGACUGCUAGGCCUCUAACUGGUGAGGAGGACCUUUCCUCACCUGGUGGUGCUAUAAAUGAUAAAACUGAUCCUGAAGCAAAUCAAAAUCUUGAUUUGAAGUGGACAUCAGAUGAAAUAUUACCCUCAGAGAAUAUAGAGUCUAAUGCACCCAUCAAAAAAGUAUUUGGUUCAAGUUCAAUGGAAGACAAAUUGAAGGAAAGUUCUGUGACAUCUCCAUGCGGCUCCAUUGGGAGUCAGAUUUCAGAUAAAACAAGGAGAAUCUUUGAUGCAGUGAAAAAGCUUCGUUUGUCUCGCACUGAAAUCCUCAAAUGGAUAAAUUCUCAUAUGUCCAUAUCAAACCUCGAUGGCUUUUUUUUGCGCUUGCGGCUUGGGAAGUGGGAAGAAGGGCUAGGGGGGACUGGUUACCAUGUCGCUUGUAUAAAUGAGGCACGAAGAGAGGGUUCUCAGCAGAAUAACAGAAAAUCUAUCUCUGUGAUUGUGGGAGGGAUCAAGUGUAUGGUUGAAAGUCAGUAUAUAUCCAAUCAUGAUUUUCUUGAGGAAGAACUCAUGGCAUGGUGGUACACAACCUCUAAAGCUGGCAACAAUGUUCCUUCUGAAGAAGAUCUCAUAGAAAAAAUUAAAAUGAAACAAAUAUUAGGAUUCUAGGCGUUUAUUCAUUCAGGCUAUUACUAAGGUAAUUAAGAAGCCUGAGAUUAUUGUUUCCUUUGUGUAGUUACACCUUUUUUUUUUGGUUUGAAUAAAUACUUCUAAUUCAAAUCAAUGUAUACCAAAUGAAACUGGGAAUUGGGAGUCUUGCUCACUAUCAUCAUAUAUUUGUGAAUAUUAAAUA